AUGGCGGAGAAAGAAGUUCCUCUCACGGCCGUCAAGGUCGAGGCCUUGGUGGUGAUGAAAAUCAUCAAGCACGGCUCGCAAUCUUUCCCCACGACUGCGACCGGUUCGAUUGUUGGUAUGGAUGUCAACGGCACCCUGGAGAUCACCAACUCGUUCCCUUUCCCCGUCGUUGAGAUGCCCGCCGAGUCGCACUUCGACAACGCCGCCCCCAACCCGGCCGCCGCUGCUCCCCGUGCGAAGGCCAACGCCGUCUACCAGGCCGAGAUGGUCCGGAUGCUUCGCGAGGUCAACGUUGACGCCCAGAACGUCGGAUGGUACACCAGCGCCAACAUGGGCAACUUUGUCAACAUGAACGUGAUCGAAAACCAGUUCUUUUACCAGAAGGAGAUGAACGAGCGUACAGUCGCCUUGGUGCACGAUGUCAGCCGUAGCGCCCAGGGAAGCCUGAGCCUGCGUGCCUUCCGCCUGUCUCCCAAGUUCAUGACUGCUUUCAAGGAGAACAAGUUCACCUCCGAGGAGCUCCAAAAGUCCAACCUCAGAUACCAGGACAUCUUCGUCGAACUUCCCGUUGAGAUCCACAACUCCCACCUGAUCACCUCUUUCGUCCACCAGCUUCAGUCCCCCAUCCAGUCCGCCCCCACGGAUCUCCCCGCCUCUUUGUCUGCUCUGGAGUCUGGACCCUUCGCCAAGUCCUCCGUGCUGGCCCCCAACUUCGACAACCUCUCCCUCAGCAUCGAUCCUUUCUUGGAGAAGAACUGCGACCUUCUGCUCGACAGCAUCGAGGUCCACCACACCGAGACCAACAACUUCCAGUACUACCAGCGCUCGCUUGCCCGUGAGCAGGCCAAGAUCACUGCCUGGCAAAACAAGCGCAAGACCGAGAACGCCAACCGUGCGACUCUCAAGCAGCCCCUCCUCCCCGAGGACGAGUGGCAGCGGCUGUUCAAGCUCCCUCAGGAGCCCAGCCGUCUGGACAGCAUGCUGAACAGCCGCCAGGUCGAGCAGUACGCCCGCCAGGUGGACAGCUUCGUUGCCUCCACGACGGGCAAGAUGUUUGCUGUCAAGGGUAACCUUCUGCCGGGAGAGACCGCCAAAUAG